UGUCAGGUCCAAUAUAGCGAAUCUAAAUUCGCAGUUAAGCCUCGCCGCAUAAAACGUUUACUCUCCACACUUCAUUUUGCUUCGUUCAUCGUCCCAACCUAACCCACAGCUUCUUCUACUCGAAGCUUCCCCUCUCUGGUUCCGAUUUAGGGCACUCCAACUCGGUCUCUGACUCAGAACCUUCAUCUCUGCUCUCUGUUCUUCAGGUUGUUGAUUGGUUUUGGAUAAACUUAUCUGAUUGUUCGCGCUUCUGUUGAUACUGGACACAAGGGAGGGCUGUCUUUCUGCACAGGGAAUUUUGGCAUGAUCUAUUGAAGUUCAUGCAAUGUCGGGCUUACUUAAUUCUUCUCUGAACGGAUCUGCGUCAAAUCUUCCAGAUGGUACGGGGCGGUCUUUUGCGACGUCUUUCUCUGGUCAGUCGGGUGUAGCCUCCCCAGUUUUUCAUCACUCUGGAACUAUUCAGGGGUUGCACAAUAUUCACGGGAGCUUUAAUGUUCCCAACAUGCCGAAUACACUUACAUCAAGAAACUUAACAAUAAAUCCUACUGGAGGGGUUCAACAACCUACAGCGAAUCUUUCUAGUGGAAGAUUUGCGUCAAAUAAUCUACCAGUUGCUUUGUCACAGCUUUCUCAUGGAAGUUCCCAUGGACAUUCAGGAGUCAACAGUAGAGGAGGUAUAAGUGUUGUCGGAAACCCUGGAUUUAAUACUAGCUCAAAUGGAGUUACUGGUUCUAUUCCUGGGAUUCUUCCAACUUCUGCUGCAAUUGGUAACAGAAAUGCUGUUCCAGGGUUGGGAGUAUCCCCAAUUUUGGGAAAUGCAGGUUCUCGAAUCACAAGUUCUAUGGGAAAUAUGGUUGGUGGAGGGAACAUUGGGAGGAUAAGCUCUGGAGGAUUGUCUGUUUCUGGUCUUGCUUCACGUUUAAAUUUAAGUGGAGGCAGUGGAUCUGGUGGCAUAGGUGUACCAGGACAAAAUCGUUUAAUGAGUGGUGUGCUUCCACAAGGAUCACCACAAGUAAUGUCAAUGUUAGGAAAUUCUUAUCCUAGUGCUGGAGGUCAGCUUUCACAAAGCCAUGUUCAAGCAUUAAAUAACUUGAACUCUAUGGGCAUGUUGAAUGAUUUGCAUUCCGGUGACAGUUCUCCUUUUGACAUCAAUGAGUUCCCUCAACUAACAAGUCGUCCUAGUUCUGCUGGUGGGUCUCAGGGACAGUUGGGUUCUUUACGAAAACAGGGUCUGGGAGGAGGCCCCAUUGGCCAACAAAAUCAAGAGUUUAGAAUUGAAAGUGAAGAUUUCCCAGCUUUACCAGGAUACAAAGGCGGCAGUGCAGAUUUUGCUAUGGAUAUGCACCAAAAAGAACAACUUCAUGACAAUCCUGUGUCAAUGAUGCAAUCGCAGCAUUUCCCUAUGGGUAGGUCUACUGGUUUCAGUUUGGGGGGAUCAUACUCAUCACAUCGUUCACAGCAACAACAGCAGCAUGCUCCUUCAGUCAGUAGCAGUGGGGUCUCUUUUUCACCUGUAAACAGCCAAGAUCUUCUCCACCUGCAUGGAUCGGAUAUUUUUCCAUCUUCGCACUCUACUUAUCAUUCACAGACCAGCGGACCUCCUGGAAUUGGAAUAAGGCCUCCAAAUUCUCCAAAUACAAUUUCUGGUGUGGGAUCAUAUGACCAGCUCAUCCAGCAAUAUCAACAACACCAGAACCAAUCCCAGUUCCGCUUUCAGCAAAUGUCAGCUGCAAAUCAGUCUUUUAGGGAUCAGAGCAUGAAGUCUAUGCAAACUGUGCAAUCUAGUCCAGAUCCAUUUGGUUUGCUUGGCUUGUUAAGUGUGAUCAGGAUGAGCGAUCCUGAUCUGACAUCUCUUGCUCUCGGAGUUGAUCUUACAACACUAGGGUUGAAUUUGAAUUCAUCAGAAAAUCUUCACAAGACUUUUGCGUCUCCGUGGUCUGACGAACCAGCUAAGAGUGAUCCAGAGUUCACUGUGCUACAAUGUUAUAAUGCUAAACAACCUCCCGCCCUGCACCAAGGAUAUUUUUCAAAGUUCUCUGUGGAAACAUUAUUUUAUAUAUUUUACAGCAUGCCUAGAGAUGAAGCACAACUAUAUGCAGCACAUGAACUUUACAAACGGGGCUGGUUUUAUCACAAAGAACAUCGUUUGUGGUUUAUAAGAGUUCCCAACAUGGAGCCACUUGUCAAAACAAACGCCUACGAGAGAGGAUCUUACCAUUGUUUUGAUCCAAGCAGUUUUAAAACGGUCCAGAAGGAUAAUUUUGUUCUCUAUUAUGAAAUGGUGGAAAAGAGACCCCUGGCUUAACAUUGAUGAGGAGAGGAAAGAAAACCUUCAAUGUAAAGUUUCUGUUUAUGGAUUUGUUUAGAUAGGAUGCAAGUAAUUUCGCAGCAUUAGCGUUUGUUCAAUUUGGCGUUAUUGCACUCUUAAAUUUGAUGCGCUGAGAGCUACUAUCUUUUUUUUGGCACCUUAAUAUGGAUUAUAGAUAAAAAUUGUAGACUUAAGGAUAA